AGAUAAUUAGUAUUCCGCAUCCAGUAAAUAAAUAUGUACAUAAUUCUAAUAAUUGCUUUAUUUAUUCAAUUUUUUCGACACUCAGGAUCGAUAUGACCAGUCAGUUCUAAUUACCAUAACCACUUAAUAUUAGCUGGCGACUGCUUGUUGGUUUUUGUAUGAUUUAUCUAGAUAAUAUACGCUAUGUAACUAAUUACGUUCAAUGAUAAUAAGACACUAACAACCCAAUAAACCAAUCGCUAUCAAUCAUUAAUUCAACCUCGACAUGUAGACAUGCAUAGGUAAAUAGUACAUUGUAUUGUUUCUGAGAUACGGAAAAAAAACUAUAUAUAAGGAAUAAAAAAAAUAACGUAGCACCCUGAAGUUAAUUUGUAAGAAAAAUCUUUCGACUCAUAAAAAUAUAGUCUAUGGAAAGUGCCGUGGAUGAACAUUUUUAAUACCUGAUUAUUUUUCUGAUGAGGGUAAUCUUUUAAACUUCACUUUAUUUCAAGAAGGGAACAAAGCAGCCAGCUUACUUUAACAAACGUUUUAACACUUAGUUCCCAUCAGAUUUAAAUAAAAAUGUGCCUCAAAAUCGUAUAUUUUAUACUUAUCAUCACCUGUGUAUCAUCGCGACACAUGCCACGCUUCGCUGAUCUGGACGAAGAUGACCAGCACCUCCUGCGCGCAGCCUACGACACUCCCAGCUACGAUCACAGCGACUACCAGGAAGACGAUGACAUGUCCCUGGGCAAGCUGGACUUGCUCAAGGAUGGACUGUGGGCCCUCAAAGCGAAAAUCAAUGAAAUCAAAGCGUUUAACAAAGCUUUAGCGGCAAACUUCCUGUCGACCAAACUUAAAGUGAAGGAGCUGAUGGCUAACAGUAUGGCGCUGAAGAAACAUCAUCACGUGGAAGUUGAGAAGAAGAAACCAGCUUAUAGUUAUCAGGCGCCGUCGUACCAGCCGCAAUAUGGGCCCCAAUACGCUCCUCAAAACGUAGAAACCCAGUACGCCCCGCAGCAUCAGCACGACCCUUACUACGGACAAUAAUCAUUUUCAUAGCCUACUUAUUUAUUAACAUAAUUUAUUAUAUUAACCAUCUCUCUCCAUUCUUAAGCAAAGAAUAAAGAGCUGAUUAUAAUCUUACAUUUUCUACAAUAUUUGCAUUUAUCUAUAAUCAAUGCUAUGUUUAUGUUGGUAUCAAUAAAUAAUUACAGUUUAA